GGUACGACCAGGCCUCUCCUCUUCUUCCUCAUCCCUCCUGUGAAAGACAGCCUGUCUCUCUCUCCUCAGCUCUCCUCUGCUCUCCUUCAAGGACUACCGCACUCACGCCUGGAAAAGGACUUACUGCAGCACGACGGAUCUACAGAUCACUCACACACCUAGAUCCUCUUUUUUUUCCCCUCUGCGUUUCUUGUUGCCAGGCAGUGUUGGCUGAGCGUCAGGACAUGCGCUCGAGCAUGUGUGCGUAUGAGAAGGUGCUUUUUUCAGCUGACUGAACUGUGGUUUAUUCAUCCCGUUUUUUCCUCCCUUUUCCCUGUCCUCGGCACUCAUCGUCCUCCUGACAAAGCCGGACCGUAUCCCAGGAUGCCGUGCGGCAGGCCACUCUGCUAGGCCGCAGCAGCAUGGGCAAAGCACCGGGGGGGUGGGACAGCACGGAUUGGACGGCUCUGCUCCGGACGGGCGCGCUUACGCACUCCGCCGCUUCCGAUGGGUGAGGACAGCGAGAGCCCCAAAAUCAAUCACAGCUUCCUCCGAGACUAUGUCACAGAAGCUGAUGUCAUUUCUACAGUGGAGUUUAACCAGACGGGGGAUCUGCUGGCCACAGGGGAUAAAGGGGGGCGAGUGGUCAUCUUCCAGAGAGAGACAGAGUCUAAAGGUGAAUCUGAGGAGCUGGGAGAAUCGGGUGAGUAUAAUGUCUACAGCACGUUCCAGAGUCACGAACCGGACUUUGACUAUCUGAAGAGUUUGGAAAUUGAGGAGAAGAUCAAUAAGAUUCGCUGGCUGCCACAUCAAAACGCUGCCCACUUUCUCCUCUCUACCAACGAUAAAACUAUAAAGUUAUGGAAGGUGAGCGAGAGAGACAAGCGGCCAGAGGGCUACAAUCUGAAGGACGAAGAAGGGCGAAUAAAGGACAUCUCCACCGUGACCUCAUUACGGGUGCCGGUCCUGAAGCCCACUGACCUGAUGGUUGAGGUGCGGCCGAGGAGAAUCUUUGCCAACGGCCACACCUACCACGUCAACUCCAUCUCAGUCAAUAGCGAUGGCGAGACAUAUCUGUCUGCUGAUGAUCUCAGGAUCAACAUGUGGCACCUGGAUAUCACAGAUCGAAGCUUCAACAUUGUGGACAUUAAGCCAGCUAAUAUGGAGGACCUGACGGAGGUAAUAACAGCUGCAGAGUUCCACCCACAGCACUGCCACCUGUUUGUAUACAGCAGCAGUAAAGGCACGUUACGCCUCUGUGACAUGAGAGAGUCGGCACUCUGUGACAAGCACUCCAAAAUCUUUGAGGAGCCAGAGGACCCAGGCAAUCGAUCUUUCUUCUCUGAGAUCGUCUCGUCGGUUUCUGACGUUAAGUUCAGCCAUAGUGGACGCUAUCUGCUCACCAGAGACUACUUGACUGUCAAAGUAUGGGACCUCAACAUGGAGAAGGGCCCAGUGGAGACCUACCAGGUGCAUGAGUACCUAAGAAGCAAACUCUGCUCUUUGUAUGAAAACGACUGCAUCUUUGACAAGUUUGAGUGCGUCUGGAACAGCACAGACAGUGUAAUCAUGACAGGAGCGUAUAACAGUUUUUUCCGGAUGUUUGAUCGUGAGACCGGUCGCGGUGUAACCCUCGAGGCAUGGCGUGAGAACAGUAAACCGCGCGCCGUGCUGCGGACUCGCCGUGUUUACACCGGGGGCCGGCGUCGCCGGGGUGACGUGGGCGUGGACAGUCUGGACUUCACUAAAAAAAUUCUGCACAUGGCUUGGCACCCGGCUGAAAACAUCAUCGCCAUCGCAGCCACUAACAACCUCUAUAUCUUUCAGGACAGGGUCAGUGUGGAAAACCAGUGACAAGAGACAUGUAACGGGGUAAUGCAGUAAUGCUCUUCACAGGGCCACACACACCAACAUGCAUUCAAAUCAUGCACAUGCAUUAAAUUUAUCCUUUAAAACAAAUAUUAUUGGUCCUGUGAAGAUGGACGUAGUUGCCAGACCCCAAAAGUAAACAGAUGAACUUUGCAGUUAAGCCGUUCCAGGAGAGCAGUUAUGUAUAGCUAGUGACUUUAACUGAUAACUGUUUGGUUAGUUACACCGCCAAGAAUGUUGCCAAUGAGCUACGGUGCAUGGAAUUUAUGAUUGCCAUCACAGUCAGCCAAUCUUUUGCUUUGAUAUGUGAUGGAUGGUGUUGCCGGCCAAUCCCUGACUGCGCUGAUCUGUGAUUGACAGCUGUUUGGAUAAAGGGCGGUGCCUUUGGGCUGAAGACCAGGAAUGAGACCACUCCACUCCUCUGUGCCAGGCUGCCAUGGAGACAGGUUACUCAGUUGCCAUGGUAACAAGAGUGCUCUGAGCAGUCUUCCUAUCACGUGCUUCCCAAAAACCUAUCCCACAAUGCAUCUGCUACACUAGCACUCAUUUUACUUCACAUUGAAUCGACCGUUUGUGGAGACUUGAUUGCCUAUAUGACCAAAUCACUAUAUCUCGCACUUGGAGAAGGUUUAAAUUCCAGUACUUGUCUGGUGUAUUCUAUCAGAAGGAUUGAACCACUACUUCAUCAAAACACUGUCUUAAUCUGGUUACACCUCAUGAUGGGUUAUAUUUACACCUGUAUGGUAAGAAAAGCAUUGGUUUGUCUCUCAAAAAAAAAGAAAGAAAGAAGAAUGAGGGUAUAUCACACUGCUAACACGCUUUCAAAAAAUCCUUCUGUAGUGCUGUGCAAAGAAACUGACAUGAGUCAGGAACUCAGGAUCAAACUCUGAUCUGGUUUCUGGUUAUGCAGAGUUCUGGGCUCUCACAGUGAAGCACUGCCUUUUUAUUUAUGAUUGUAGCUACUAUACUGAUCCCUCAAAAGGAAAUGUCAUGUAGGAAGUAUAGAUGAAAAAUUUAGUGACAGGCUACAAAACAGUACAGAAAUACAUGGAAAUCAGUUGGUUAAUUUAAAGGAUAUUUUGGCAUCAAUGAUUUACCACAAACAAUAAUUCUGACACAUUCUUCUAUUUGUUUAAUUGUAAAAAAAAUCGUAGAAAAAAGUACUUUCAGUGGAAGUCUGUGGGACAUUCGGAGGGUUUAAUAGCAAACUUUUGCAGCUUGUAUGUUUGUUAAAGUGCUUAUAUGAGUGGUUCUCAAUGUUUGACUCCAAGGCCCCUCAUUUUCCACAAGAAUAUCCAAAAACCCCAUGACUUUUCCAGGUGUUCGUGUUUAACUCACAAUUUAUACCCAAUAUUUUAGAGCUUGGCAUGGCUAGAAAACAAUGUAUAUUCAUCAUAAUGAAUGUUGUAGUUUUAGGAUUUUAUUAAUUUACAUGACUCAUGCAGGUCUAGAAAUCACACUUUUAAAGUAGGCUUCCUCAUAUAUUCAGAUUUAACAAAAUUGUAGGAAUGCUGGUUCUUUAAAUACAGUUGAAUUAGAACAAAAAUAUCUUGAGUUGUACUUGUGCUCAUUUUAGUUUUGGCUCAUUUUAAUGCUUGUUUUGUGGCUAUUCGUUGUUGUUGUUGUUUUUCUUGCUUUGCUAAUGCCUUGCUCCCUGGGCUUCCAUUGUAAGUGCAAGAACAUAGUUGAGGAUGUGUCAAAAUUGCGUUUUGUGGCAACAUGACAAAUAGCUUAUCUUGUAUUGAAUUUGGAACCAUCAUUCCAACAUGUACCAGUGGAUAAAUCAUUUCUACACUGUUUUCUGUGACCACACAGGUGUACAUGUAUCUCUCUAUCCACUGUAGAAAGAACAUGGUGAGUUAUUUUUCAUUUAAGGUGCCAUUCACCUUCUGAGUGACUGUUUGUUUGGUGUAGAUGUGGUAAUGAAUUGUUGGGUGUCUGUGUAGACUGUGACACAAAGGACAGUGAUUGUUUUUGCUAUAUGAACAAGGCUGAAUGAAUGUAACUGUCAAACACAUGUUUUUAAUGAAUCCAUUUUUAAAGUGUUAUGAUGUUAACGGGGUGCUCUCAAACUGACGAGCGAGCUUGCUUGCUUGCUUUUCUCAUUUUUGUCCUUCUUCUGUCUUUUCCGUUGUUCACGUGUUUCCCUGUCCCAUUUUUCUAGUACUCUUUGCUCUACAUAUACUGAGGCUGUGCCUCUUACAAUCAGUUCCUCCACUCUUAUUUUUACAUUUGUAGUUCAUUCACAUCAUUUUUGUACCCUGAGACAAUGACUGCUUUUUUUCACUCUGUUCCUCUUUCUCUCUCACUCUUUCGUUCUCUUACAUCCUGUUACCAUGGCGAUAGGCCUUCUGCCAUUAUGCAUUCUCUCAUGCUUUCCUCUCUCAGACAUGCAGUGAAACACACACUCUCACAUUCACAAUGCACCCAGGGAAUAAUAGAUUGAGUUUUUCAGGGCACACACACACUCUCUCUCACACACACACGCACACACAAACAGGCCUAUACAUGCAAGCAUACACACAAAAACGCAUGUUUAUCAUUAUCCAGUGUUACUAAUGUGUAUAUCUAUGAUGCCUAAACAUAUUCUAUUGACACUUAAUGGAAAAAUAAAAGAGGCAAAUGGAGGAAUGUGAUUAAAUUAAUAUGACCUCUGUAUACCCGCUUAGAUUAUACAGUUUUUUUGUCAUAGUGUUGUUUCUCAGUCUCUCUGUCUGCUUCUGGGUAUUUAACACACACACACACACACACAUCUGAUAUGCUUAU